AUACUCUCAUCGACUGCGCAACCGGCGUCCUUCAGUUGGAACUGCCUCAACUCGCCGAUGCUCCAAGCACCGCGCCGCCACCGCGCCUGUGCUCGCUUCAAGAUGUGCGUCUGUCACCCGAGGCAGUCACUUACGUCGCUUUGACCGCACAGCCACAGGUUCCUGACGGUGAAUAUGUGCUUCGCCCCAUCGUCGACGUGCUUUUGAACCGAAACGUUGCUGUUCCGCAUACGCUGAUCACGGUUACGAAUAAUGACGUCGUUCUCCCGCUUCUGAACUUCAGCCUGUGCCCUCAAGUGCUUCCGGCCGGCAUGUUCUUGGCCAGCGUUUCUAAUACGUCCGAAUUUGACAUUGAGAGUAUGGAUGCCGAGAGUGGAUUAUUAGCACCAGUUGCAGCUCACAGCUAUGAUUCUUUCAUGGAUGACUUCGCCAAAAUGAUUGCAACUGACCUCACCUCUGCUCAGGCCAAGGACCUCCGUCUCCUGCUCGAAUCGUACUGCGACAUCUUUGAUUUUGGCGACCGCCCUUUCGGCCAAACAUCUGUUGUUCACCACCGUAUAAACACUGGAGACAUGAAUCCUAUUCGUCGGCGUCCCUAUCGUGUAUCACAUGCUGAACGUAGAAUAAUCCAAUCAGAAGUGGACAAAAUGCUCCGCAAAGGGGUCAUCGAACCAUCAGCUAGUCCUUGGGCUUUGCCAGUCGUCCUCGUGAAGAAAAAGGAUGGUACCUGGCGUUUUUGCGUCGACUAUCGCCAUUUAAACAAGAUCACGCGAAAGGACGUCUACCCAUUACCACGCAUCGAUGACGCCUUGGACUGCUUGCACGGAGCUACAUACUUCUCGUCCAUUGAUCUUCGAUCCGGCUACUGGCAGAUUUCUGUUGAUGAAAUGGACCGCGAGAAGACGGAUGAUUUUAUCAUGCCAUGGGUGCUGCCUGAUCCUGCUAGUCAUUCCGAGGAACCAGUGGCGACGAGCCAGGAAGGCACCCACGCAGUCAAGGAAGAACCCAACGCUAGGCAUCCAGAGACAGCCGUGCCGCUGACCACGAUGGCCUCCUACAUGCUUCCGAACUUCGACGACCUCACAUAUAAGUGGAAGCCUUACCUCAUCAAAGUGGAGGCGUAUUUUGAAGCUAAUGCUAUUUCGGAUUCUACUAAGAAGAGGGAACUUCUAGUGGCUGCACUUAGCACGUCGACGGUCCAAAUCUUAAUGGGAAGGAUAGCACCUGCAAAGCCCAAUGCCUUAAGUUAUGACGAGGUAGUCAAGGUCUUAAAUGACCACUAUGACCCAAAGCGCAACGAAAUCGCUGAAAGUUUCCAGUUUUUCAACCGGUGUCAGCAUGAGAACGAAUCUAUUCAGGAUUUUGUCGUUGCAAUCCGGCGCAUAGCAGACAAUUGCAAUUUUGGAGACUCGCUGACCAGGCUACUUCGAGACAGAAUUGUCUGCGGUGUGCGCUCAAGUGCUGUUCAGAAGCAACUGCUGGCAAAGAAUGAUUUAACACUGGAGGAAGCGGAGUCUAUAGCUAUAGCCGCUGAAUCUGCCAAAAAAGACGCCAGGAGAAUGUCAGUAGAAGUACCGCCUGUACUUAAAGUGGAAGCACAUCGCAAGCUACCAUCGAGAUCAAGCGUGGGAAGCGCAGAAAAAUUGGAGUGCGGAAGGUGUGGCAGUUCUAGACAUGAUAGCAGCAGCUGCAGAUGGACUAAAGCCCGGUGUUACUCUUGCGGUCAGAGGGGCCAUCUAGCAAAAAUGUGUCACAACCGCAAUGGUAACGAUGUUCCCAGCAAUCGGCGAGUCCCUCACGCGAAAGCUUUGGUGGUGGAAGACGCUGCUUUAGAAGAGGACAGCAGAGAUAGUGUGCAGAUCUGGACGUUGGCGUCAGCACGAAAGAACUCUCUUGAGCCGCCAAUUCGACGAACGUUUAGUUGGGGAGGCGUGGAUUUAUCCAUGGAAGUAGAUACGGGUUCCCCGGUGUGCGUAAUAUCGCGACAGCUUUUUGACAAACAUCGCAAAUGCUGGCCAAGCUUGAAGCCUUCGCAUGUGAAGCUGUCCUGCUACAAUGGAAGAUUGCCGGUGAUGGGCGAGCUUCAACUUCGUGUAAAAUACCGUGAUAUUUCUGUUGACUGUUCCCUUGUGGUUCUAGACUGCCCCGGAUCAAGCUUGUGCGGAAGAGACCUGCUAAUCCUCCUAGAACAAGCGGGCGUACCGGUACUACGAGUCACGUGCGAAGGCGAGGCGACGGAGAGUCAAGUGAACUGCCACAACAUCAAUGCCAUUCGCGACACCUACCAGGACGUUUUUUCGGAAACCUUGGGGCUGAUCAAGGGACCACCAGCCAGCCUCCUGCUGAAGGGCGAUGCUGUUCCCAAAUUCUGUCGAGAGUUCAUCCUGGUUACCGACCACCAGCCACUUUUAGGACUGCUGAGGCCCGACCGCCAGACGCCUGCCAUGGCCGCAGCUCGCAUCCAACGCUGGGCCCUCUACCUGGGAGGCUACCGUUACAAGCUCGAAUAUGCUCCAGGACGGCUGCUAUUGAAUGCGGAUGCACUGAGCAGACUACCGUUGCGGUGCCCCAAUACCGUUACGGAACCUGACCCUGAAGAGUACGUACUUUCUUUAGAAAGCCUGGAUGAAGGGAUAGUCACAACACGCGAGCUGAAGGAGCUGACCGCCAAUGACCCAACCUUAGCUCGCGUAAAGCAAAACGUGUUGCACGGGUGGCCGAAAGGCGCAGAACGGCUUGACCCUUCCUUGGUUCCCUUUGCUGAUCGCAAGUUGGAGCUAUCUAUAGCACACGACCUCGUCUAUUGGGGACAUCGUGUUGUCAUACCUGUUGCAGCACGGAAGCGCUUGUUACAAUUAUUACAUGAAACGGAUCAGGGGUCCUCGGCAAUGAAAACAGUUGCGCGGUCCUUGUUUUGGUGGCCAGGAAUAGACCGCGAAAUAGAGUUAACGGCAGCGCAAUGCAACAAUUGCAUUGACAAUUUGCCUAUGCCGCCGGCCGCUCCGCCGUUAAACUGGCCACAAACGCAGGAGAGAUGGUCGCGGGUUCACGUCGACAUUGCGGGGCCAAUACAAGGUAAAAUGGUUCUUGUAGUAGUGGAUUCCCACACUAAGUGGAUAGAAGCGGUGCCACUGAACCAGGCCACUUCGGCAACCACCAUUGAUUGCCUGCGGGAUAUAUUUAGCCAUUUCGGCGUACCAAGAACCCUCGUAUCCGACAAUGGAACGCAGUUCACUAGCCAGGAAUUUGCAACGUUUGCUAACAAGAACAACAUUACGCACCUAAGAACCGCCCCCUAUCACCCGCAGUCAAACGGAGCAGCGGAGAGGGCAGUCAGGACAAUCAAGGACGGUCUCCGGAAGAUGAGAGGCGGAAAGCUGGAACAUAACCUUGUGCGUUUGCUGCUUAAUUACAGGAGGACUCCUCAGAAAACCGGAAAGUCGCCAUCGGAAAUGCUGUUGGGGUACCAGAUACGAUAG